UGUUGGAAUCCCGCUUCUCCCUCGUCACCCUCUUCCGGCCUCUCUUUCUCCCGACUGUUGUUGGCAUUGUAGCCGUAUGCCGCAUACGGCGAUGCGCCAUUCCCAGUCCCGGUGAAUCCGCAAUUGAUUAUGAACAAGUGCGUCGUUACUGUUCCAGCCGCGUUCAUGCACGUGCGCGACAACAUUGAGGAGCUGGGCAAAGUCGCCGACGACACGGACCUGCUGUUCCUAAAGGGCCUCCUCGACAGCCCGGUCGUCACGUCCCUCGUGAAGGUGCAGGAGCGUCUCGAGGACCCGCCGGUGCCUGUAGAGCCGGUAUGCUCAUCCAUCUGUGACAUCGUCGACGAGGUGUGCCACGCCUUCCAAACCUCCAAGGACUCACACGUGAACGAACUAGUGAAUCUUCUCGGUCACGUGCAUCUAAGGGCGCUCCUGGAGACACACGACGCGGUUGUAGAACGUAGGGAAGCGCCUUCCAAACCGCCUGAUUCACCCGCGUUAACAAUGCCAACGAAUAAGAAGGAGGAAAUGCCUAUUAGGGUCGUCGGCCUUCGGAGGCAACCGGAUGAACCCCUGGGUCUGACGGUGCAAGUGGAUGAAGCUGGAAAUAUGAUCAUCGCUAGGAUCCUCGGUGGUAGCACGGCGGCUCGUCAAGAACUUCUGAAGACCGGCGAGGUGAUACUCGAAGUCAACGGCAAGAGAGUUCGAAACCCUGAAGAACUCCAACUAGCGAUUCAGGAUGCCAAGGAGAAUCUGUCCUUAAAACUGGCUCCAGGCAUCGCCUCGGAAACGAAUCGACCUCUCAAGUCCACGUGUUACAUGAGAGCCCUCUUCGAUUAUGAUCCCUUGGAGGACACGCUUCUGCCCUGCCGGGAAAUCGGUCUACCUUUCCAAAAGGGCGAUAUCCUUCAGAUUGUUGACCAGGCCGAUCCGAACUGGUGGCAGGCGCGAAGAGUGGAGGGCGAGAAUCUUGGAUCGCCCGGACUGAUACCCUCGUUGGAGUUGGAAGAGCGCAGAAAGGCGUUCGUACCACCCGAAGCUGAUUUCGUUCAUAAAAUCAGCAUCUGCGGUACUAGAAUAUCUAAGAAGAAGAAGAGGAAGAUGUAUCAAUCCAAAUCAAACGGAGAGUUUGAUAGUGCCGAGUUGCUUCUUUACGAGGAAGUCGCUCGGAUGCCGCCGUUUCGACGCAAAACUUUGGCUCUGGUCGGACCACGCGGCGUAGGUCGUCGGACCCUGAAGAACAGGCUGAUCAACAGCGAUCCAGAAAAGUUCGGCACUAUCGUACCCUACACAUCGAGACCGCCUAGAGUUCUCGAAGAGGACGGCAAGAGUUACUGGUUUACCGAUCGCCAGUCCAUGGAGAUCGACAUUAAGGAACACAGGUUCCUGGAACAUGGUGAACACGGUGGACAUUUAUAUGGCACGAAAUUGGACUCAGUACGGGAGCUAAUUAGAGCCGGCAAAAUGUGCGUGCUGGACUGUAGUCCGGCUGCACUCAAAAUACUUCAUAAUAGCACCGAAUUUAUGCCUUAUGUCAUAUUCAUUGCCGCGCCCGGAAUGGAGCAGCUUAAGUCUUUAUAUGAUCUCGGGAGAUCAACUGGCGCCAGCAGUCGAAAUCUAACGUUCGACCGCCAGAGUUCCAUCAGGUACAGCUCGAGAAGAGCCAGGACACUGGAGUCUCUCGCAUCUUUAUACGAGGAGGACGAUUUAAAAUCUACGUUGGAGGAAUCUGCGGCCUUGCAGAGAGCCUAUGAGAAAUACAUCGACCAGGUGAUCAUAAAUGAGGACUUUGACAAUACGUUCAGGCAGGUGAUUGCAGCUUUAGACGCCUUAGCCACAGAACAUCAGUGGGUGCCGGUCAAUUGGAUCUACUAAUUAAGUUCUGAAGUGCUCGACCUCGAAAAACUUCAGAGUCAAGAGCUGCGACAAAUUUUACGCGCGAAUAAAAGAAAAAUUUGUUUAUUACUGCCCACAUCACGAAAACUGCGAGAUUACCUUACGAGAAGUGGUAUUCAGAAUCAGGCUCCGUUUGUCGCGCGGCUAGGAAAAUGCAAGGCACGUGUAAUCAGAGUACAAAGAAUGCUAUGAAUAUCUCAUGCCGUGUGAAGCGAUAUCGACGUUGUCGCGUAAAAGGCGCGGUCGAGAAUCUCAUUAUUAUCGUUUAUCAUAAUUAAAUACAGCGUUUACGUUAGUUUGUUAUAGAUUUACAAGCGACCCGUUCUGCGUAUGGAAUCUCAUUAAAAAAAUCCUUGUUUCAUACAUUACUGUAUACAUUAAGUCAUAAUGUACAGAGAAUCGCGAAUCUUCUCAAUCGUUCGUCCUAAACAAAUCGACGUAACGAUAAUGAUAUGUGAGACUAGUUACGUUCAAAAAUGGAAAAUGAAUACUUUUUUUACAAAAUGAAAAAUCAUAUCGCACGCUGUAAUUUUACUGCCAAUCUCAACAACGACUGUAGAAGCAAUUCGGGUCGAUUGAUGUGUUAGACCGCCGUCCAAUUAAUUUUAGUGUAUUUUUAAUUUAAUUAACGACAACUGCGUAUACACGUACGAUCAUUUAUAUCUAUUCGACUCCGCUAUACACCUUUCUCGUGAAUUCUGUUUCGUGUUUCAUUUUGCUAUUCGUGCACGCUGAAGUAAUAUUCCUGGCAUGGAGUGCCUUAAUAAAGCGAAAAUUACAAGCGAUAUUCAUAUUCGGUUUUUAUUUGCAAAUUGGCUUAAGUAAAUACAGUUAUCUGAUUCAUGACAUCUUAAGACUGUGAUGACUUAGGACGGUCCUAAAAUAUAUAAGGUCCGAUUAUGAAUAUCGCCCUACUGUGUCAACUUGACAGACUCAUCUUGCAUUCGGAUUUCAUGAUGGACAAAACUAACAUUGCCUUUUCCCUAACGUCUUCGAUGGACAGUCGCAUAUACACGCAUAUACAUCUAUACGUACACAUUCGAAUUUUUUAAUUCACACAUACAUCUAAAAAAAAUAUAUUUGUAGAUUAAAAGGGCUGCUUUGUACACAGAAUACAAGUAUAAAUUAUAUCUGUAUAUUAAAUUGAGACAUCCUGUCCCGAAGAGCAAUGUGAUGCACGAUGUGGAAUAAAGUUUAUCGAGCAUUUGUUACGGACUAGAA